GACUAUCAUGGUCAGCAUUUUUUCCCAGAAAGGCCCAGUUAGAGCAACUUCCUCUUAUCCUCCUCGUUGCUUGGCUCGCCUCGCCUCCGCAGAACGCUCCGCCCUCUCUCUCCAAUGGAGGCCACUGCCACACUCACGCUCUCUUCGUCUCCCGCCGGCGCCCGCCGCUCGCCGGCCAGGCCCACCGUGGCCUCCCUUCACCUCCGCCGCGUGCCCACUCUCUCAUUCCACCUCCGCGGGGCCCAAGGUCCCGCUGCCUUCCGCGCCCUCUCUUCCCCGUUCCCGGGAUGCAGGAGGAGGAGGAGAAGCGGGAUGGUUGUGAGGGCGGAGAUGUUCGGGCAGCUCACCACCGGGCUGGAGUCCGCGUGGAACAAGCUGCGAGGCGUCGAUCGACUGACAAAGGAGAAUAUCGCUGAACCGAUGCGGGAUAUUAGAAGAGCACUUUUGGAGGCAGAUGUGAGUGUGCCAGUAGCAAGAAGUUUUAUCGAGUCUGUUACUGAAAAGGCUAUAGGCACUGAUGUGAUCCGGGGUGUCCAACCUGAGCAGCAGUUAGUGAAGGUUGUAAAUGAUGAACUUGUACAACUGAUGGGUGGAGAGGUGUCAGAUUUAGUAUUCGCAAAAACUGGCCCAACGGUUAUCCUAUUGGCAGGUCUGCAAGGUGUUGGGAAAACUACCGUCUGUGCUAAGCUUGCCUUCUAUCUGAAAAAGAUGGGGAAGAGUUGUAUGCUGGUUGCGGCAGAUGUUUACAGGCCUGCUGCUAUUGACCAACUCACCAUUCUGGGUAAAAAGGUUGGUGUACCAGUUUACUCAGAAGGAACGGAAGCAAAACCUUCAGAGAUUGCCAAGAACGGUUUGAAAGAAGCAAAGAGCAAGAAGACCGAUGUAGUUAUAGUGGAUACUGCUGGAAGAUUGCAGGUAGAUAAAGCUAUGAUGAAUGAGUUGAAAGAAGUAAAGAAGGCAGUGAAGCCUACAGAAAUUCUUCUUGUGGUUGAUGCUAUGACUGGCCAAGAAGCUGCAGCAUUGGUCGGCGCCUUCAAUGUUGAAAUUGGUAUAACUGGUGCUAUACUGACAAAACUGGAUGGUGACUCCAGAGGUGGGGCAGCACUAAGUAUCAAAGAGGUGUCUGGAAAGCCCAUCAAGUUCAUAGGCCGAGGAGAACGUGUUGAGGAUCUUGAGCCUUUCUAUCCAGAUCGUAUGGCGCAACGUAUCUUGGGAAUGGGAGAUGUACUUUCAUUUGUUGAGCAAGCACAGCAAGUGAUGAAUCAAGAAGAUGCUGAGGAAUUACAGAAGAAGAUUAUGAGCGCAAAGUUUAACUUCAAUGAUUUCUUGAAGCAAACAAAAGCUAUUGCGCAGAUGGGUUCGUUCAGUCGUAUAAUUGGCAUGAUUCCAGGCAUGAACAAGGUUACUCCAGCACAAAUCCGUGAAGCUGAGAAAAAUGUUAAGUUUAUGGAGUCAAUGAUCAAUGUGAUGACUGCUGAUGAAAGGGAAAGACCAGAGUUACUUGCUGAGUCACGCGAGAGGAGGAGAAGAGUGGCCAAGGAUGCUGGAAAGACAGAACAGCAGGUGAGCCAACUAGUAUCGCAGCUUUUCCAAAUGCGCACUCGAAUGCAGAAGAUGAUGGCUGGCAUGCAAGGAAAAGAUACACCCGACAUGGAAAAUCUCGCGGAGUCCAUCAAAGCCGAAGAACAGGCUGCCAUGGCUACUGGUAAGCGCAGGAGGAAGUACGGCAACCUGAGGCAGCGGGACCUAGACUCGAUGCGCGGUUACCGCCGGUGAGACAUGGCUGGCCAUGGGGGUCACUGCUAGUUGAACCCAGUACGGACAUAUUUGAGAUCUCUAGCCGCAGCUUGCAAAUAGUGACAACAUACGUGUAUACGGCCUUGCUCUGAGUAUCAGAUUUAUAUUUGCUGUGUAAGUUCCAAUGAACCGGGAGUGAGUAUUUCUGUGAUCUUCAAAAAAUGCAUGGCUUGCUUUUUUCCCCUUCA